UUACAUCGGGUUCGAUCUUCAACAUAUUGAGUCACGUGAUAAAUUUGCAGCCAUGAUGGACGGAAUAGAUGACAGUCCCGACCUUUUGGCGGGCGAAGGGGAGGACAAGGACAGGGCAGAAAGCGUUGAUCUGUCAACAGACACAUCCUUGCUUGUGGACAUAUCAGAUGCUCUUAGUGAGCGGGAUAAGAUAAAAUUUACAGUGCAUACAAAGACAACACAGUCCCGAUUUAAAGAGUCUGACUUUUCCGUUGUGAGACAACAUGAAGAAUUUGUGUGGCUGCAUGACAGAUUUGUGGAAAAUGAGGAAUAUGCUGGUAUCAUUAUUCCUCCAGCACCACCAAAACCAGACUUUGAAGCUUCUAGAGAAAAACUACAGAAGCUUGGGGAAGGGGAGGGAACGAUGACGAAAGAGGAAUUCACGAAAAUGAAACAAGAAUUGGAAGCGGAAUAUUUAGCCACAUUUAAGAAGACUGUGGCAAUGCAUGAAGUAUUUCUACAAAGAAUUGCUGCUCACCCCCAGCUCAAGAAUGAUGUCAAUUUUGAAGUAUUUCUUUCAUUUGAUCAAGAUUUAAGUGUUAGAGGUAAAAACAAGAAAGAAAAGAUUGGUGGAUUUUUCAAAAGCAUUACCAAAACUGCUGAUGAAGUACUUUUAUCAAACCAGAAGGAUGUUGAUGAGUUUUUUGAGAGUGAGAAAACUUUCUUAAUGGAGUACCACAGUAAAAUAAAAGAUGCGACAUCAAAAUCUGAUAGAAUGACUAAGUGUCAUGGAGAGGUAGCAGAUAGUUAUAUCCAGAUUUCCUCAGGUUUUGUUCAGUUGGCUACUGUUGAAAAUACAGAGUUAGACAAAAUAUUUACAAGAGUUGCUGAAGCAUUGGAAAAAACCAGGAAGUUGGAGGGUAGGGUGGCUACAGACGAAGACCUUAAAUUGAGUGACACACUGCGGUAUUAUAUGAAGGAUUUCGCAGCUGCGAAAGAUUUGCUGUACAGUAGAGCAAGGUCUCUAGCAGACUAUGAAAAUGCCAACAAAGCCUUAGAGAAAGCUCGGCUGAAAAACAAAGAGGUGGCACAGGCCGAGAGGACUCAACAGAUUGCUUGUGAGAAAUUUGAAAAAAUAUCGGAAGUGGCAAAAAAAGAAUUAACAGAAUUUAAAUCCAGAAGAAUAACAUACUUCAAGAAAAGCCUUGUAGAUUUAGUAGAACUAGAAUUAAAACACGCCAGGGCACAGACCCAGUUACUAACUAACUGUAUAAAUGCUCUUCGGGAUGAUGCAUGAUUCCAUUUUGUAUCUGUGAUAUUUGCCAUUUAACAAUCACGUGUCACGGGCCGACAUACUAGGGUUGUAAGCCAAGAUUGACCAAUCAUAGCACAUUGAGGAAUGACAUCAGAUUUGUCACAUUUUUAGGAUGAAUGCAUCAAAAUUGUUUCAACUGGUUUAGCUAUUGGGUAUAUCGUUUAUAUAUAUUCUAAGUAAAACUACAUACACAUGCAAGUUUCACAAUGUUUUUAUUAUGUACAAUAUUUAAACUGUUUUCGUUUAUUUGUAAUAUUCAAAAUGCUUAGUGUGAUUGUAGAUUUUAAAGUUAGUUGUGAUUAAUGAGGGAUAUGAAAUGACAUUUAAAAAACAAGAUGUGGGAGUGUUACAGCAGUUGAAUACUUUGUAACCAUUAUUGGCUAGCUGAACAAAUUUAUUUUGUACUGUUAAGUACACUUUGUAUUGUAGUGGGAUGUAUUGUAGUAGGAUUUAUGCAUUUCAAAUCUUACCACCAGGAACACACUGGAAUUUUUUUUAUGUUUGUGUGAAUUGAAAAAGAUGUAGCAUUCCAUUUUAUUUGCAUUUGGAAAUUUAGUCUUAUACUGUAGUAGUAUAUUGUACAAAGCCUUAUUAUUAGAUUAUCAGCUCCUGUUUAAGAAAGGGAAAGUCUUGUUAUUUUUGUAUAUUUUUGGUGUGUUUAUUUUCUGAUGAUAAAUACUCUAUUUUUAUGGCUCUUCUUUAUAUUUCAGUACCAUGAUUGUACAAGACAUGUAAUUUCAUUACAUGUAUUUUCAAUUUCAUUUGAGUCAUUUUCAAUUCAUUGUGUUUGUCAUGUUUUAAUAAACCACUUACUUCUCUGUCCGUUUAAAAGCAAACAUGGAAUUUAGAUGCUGUUGCAUGCUUGUUGAAUAUAUUUCAAUGUGAUAAACCAAUACAAUAUAACUAGUCUGUGUAAGACCAGAAUAAUAAUGUAUAAUCUUAUUUUCAUAGUCUUAAUUUGUGCAUAUUUUUGCAGUGCAUAAUGUAGCCAUUUAUGAAUACAUGAAUUACGUGUACACUGUUAUGACAGUCUUGUGUCCUUAAAAUAUUUUUCAUUACAUUUAUUUCUUUAAAAAUGCAUAUGAAUGUGUAUGCAUGGAGUUUAAAUGAAAAUCAUGGAUAAAUUUGUGCAAUGCUAUACUUUUGGUGAUAUCUUUAAAAAGUCAUAUUUAUUUCUGAAUUCAGAGGCUAGAGUAGCAAAACGGAAGAAAAACCCCUGGUUACGUUGUUUGUUUUAUAGAAGUCAAUAUGUUUUUCAAGUUGAAUGAUUCAUUGACAAUUUGUGAAAGUAGCUGUGAUGGUGAAUGGUUACAGUGAUGGGGAUAAUAAAAUCUAUUUACAUACCCAG